CGGUAUCCGCGCUCCCUGCCAGCACCGUGUUGAGCACAUGGAGUCUGCCGUAGAGCCGGCGUCCGGGCCGGGGAGCCCGCAGACCUCCGAGCGCCGCGGGCUGCGCAGCCUGCGGCUGUCCAACGUCCUCGAGGAGCUGCGGGCGCUGCUGGUCCUGGCAGGGCCCGCGUUCUUGGCCCAGCUGAUGAUGUUCCUGGUCAGUUUCAUAAGCUCAGUGUUCUGCGGGCACCUGGGCAAGCUAGAGCUGGAUGCAGUCACACUGGCAAUUGCAAUCAUCAACGUCACUGGCAUCUCAGUGGGACAUGGCUUAUCUUCUGCUUGUGACACCCUCAUCUCCCAGACUUAUGGCAGCCAGAACCUGAAGCACGUGGGGGUCAUCCUGCAGAAGGGAGUGCUCAUCCUCCUCCUCUGCUGCUUCCCCUGCUGGGCACUCUUCAUCAACACCCAGAACAUCCUGCUGCUCUUCAGGCAGGACCCGGCUGUGUCCAAGCUCACGCAGACCUAUGUCAUGAUCUUCAUUCCGGCACUUCCUGCAUCCUUCCUUUAUACGUUACAAGUUAAAUACUUGCUCAACCAGGGUAUCGUUCUGCCCCAGAUCGUGACUGGAGUUGCAGCCAACCUUGUUAAUGCCUUGGCCAACUAUCUGUUCCUUUAUCAACUGCAUCUAGGGGUGAUGGGUUCUGCACUGGCCAAUACAAUCGCCCAGUUUACUUUGGCUCUCCUCCUCUUUCUCUACAUCCUCGGGAGAAAACUACAUCAAGCUACUUGGGGAGGGUGGUCCCUGGAGUGCCUGCAGGACUGGGCCUCCUUCCUGCACCUGGCCAUCCCCAGCAUGCUCAUGCUCUGUAUUGAGUGGUGGGCCUAUGAGGUCGGCAGCUUCCUGAGCGGGAUCCUGGGCAUUGUGGAGCUGGGAGCCCAGUCCAUCGUGUAUGAACUUGCUGUCAUCAUGUACAUGAUCCCUGUUGGCUUCAGUGUGGCCGCCAGUGUCCGGAUAGGAAAUGCGCUGGGUGCUGGAAACAUCGAGCAGGCUAAGAAGUCCUCAGUGGUUUCUCUGCUGCUCACAGUGAUUUUCUCCGUAGCCUUUUGCAUCCUGAUGUUAAGCUGUAAGGACUUUGUGGGCUACAUUUUCACUACUGACCAAGACAUUGUGGCCCUGGUGGCUCAGGUGGUCCCCAUAUAUGCAGUAUCCCACCUCUUUGAAGGUCUUGCUUGUACAAGUGGUGGCAUUCUGAGGGGCACUGGAAACCAGAAGGUUGGAGCCAUCGUUAAUGGCAUAGGAUAUUAUGUGAUUGGCCUCCCCAUCGGGAUUGCGCUGAUGUUUGCCACCAAGCUUGGAGUGCUCGGUCUGUGGUUGGGGUUCAUCAUCUGCACUUUUUUGCAGGCUGCGUGUUUUUUAGCCUUCAUUUCUCAUCUUAACUGGAAACAAGCCUGCCAACAGGCUCAGGUACAUGCCAAUCUGAAGGUAAAUGUGGAUGUGGCUCUGAAUGGAAAUUCUGUUGUCCCUUAUGACCCAGUUCACUCAGUGGGUACUGAAAACCAUGAAGAGAUUGUAAUGAAUGAUAUUGAAAAAAAGGAUGAGACUCAGUUGAACCCACAGAUGCACCAACAACAACCUUUGCCUGAGCAUCCAGUGGACAGCAAUACAUUGUCUGGAAAACAGUUGGUGUUCCGUCGAGGGCUUGUGCUCCUGGGGGUUGUUUUAGUCUUGGUGGUAGGGAUUUUGGUGAGAAUAUAUGUAAGAAUUCAGUGAUGUGGCAGGAGAGAGAUAAUCAGGUCAAAUGAUACAGGUGCUUCCAGACACACACACACACACACCACAUACACACACACACACACACACACACGAAAGGCAGAGGAGGAAUAAAGCAAAGAAGGAAGAAAGGAAGGAGAAGGGAAAGAGAGAAAUCCUGACUCCACAAUGCAUUUCACACCUCUAGCUACCAAACAUCAAAGUUAGUUAACACAACACACUAUAGAACAUUCUUGCCCUCAUGAUUUGCAGGACUGAUAGCAAGCUGCAGCUUUCUGUGGCUGCCUUCCUUUUUAAAAGAGGGUGGUAUCAUGUAUCAGUAGCUUGGGAAAAAGCUCUAAAUUCAAAAUUCAAAGUAGCAUUUACUAAAUGAAAUGUAAAGUUGAACUGGUGGAAAUUGGCUCACCCAUAUGACACAGGUCCAGAAGUGUGGCAGCUUUAAAGAAUGUACAUUAUUUAGCUGCACCUAUAGGUUUUUUUAGUUAUUGCUGGUACUGGGACUUGAACUCAGGACUUGCGCACUCUCCCUAAAUAUUUUGCUCAAGACCAGUGUUCUACCACUUGAGCCACACCUCCACUUCUGGCUUUUUGAUG